AUGUCGAAUAACGACUCUCACCGUCGGUCACUUCCCCCAGCAGCAACUGGGUCACCACUUCGCCCGACAUCACCACUUGCUACAUCCUCUACCUCGCUACCGAUACAACAAGCAAAUUCAUCGUCGCCCACUCGGCCUUUGUCCAGGACACCGUCAACCCCACCCGCAAAGUCUACGCGUGCCAGAGAUUUGUUGAGGAAACACUAUGGACUUGGAAUGGGAACUCCGGGCUCAAGUGGAAGAGGAACGCCUGAUGAUAGAGAUCCGAUGAAUAUGGAUUCACCUUCCUUCGACGCAAAAGCCUACUAUUCGCAGCUUAUCACUACAGCCAAUCUUUCUACCCUUCUUAAGAAGGAGAAUGAACUCAUAGGCGAAAUACGUUUCCUUGACUCCGAGCGUCAGAACCUUGUUUACAACCACCAUCAUGAGCUCAUUGCUGCGAGCGACACUAUUGGCGCCAUGAAAUCUCAUGCCGAAAGCUUGGACGCAGAUCUUGAUUUGCUAAAGACCGCAUUCAGCGAGAUAUCAAGGCUGAGCAGUGAGCUGGCGUCCACAAAUUAA